AUGGCUUCUGAUCUUCCAGUCAUUGAUCUUUCUCUCCUUCCCUCCACUUUUGCAGAGAAACAAAAUCUUUCUGAUUUGGAAGGAAAUAAUGAGUUGAAAAAACUGAGAGAGGCUUGUCAAGAACUGGGUUUUUUUCGAAUAAUAAAUCAUGGAAUGGAGGCAGCUUUCAUUCAGAAGACUGACAGUAUUGCCCGAGAUAUGUUUUCUUUGGCAGAGGAGGAAAAGAGCAGAGCCAUUUUUCCCAUAUUUAAUACUGGGUAUUGCCCAGCUGAUGCGGGGGCAGAUGGGAAAGCUUCACUGCCUGAGAGCUUGGUUUUCCCUGGUGAAAAUGCUCUGCCCAAUUCUGUUCAUCAGAUCUCUGCUAGACUAUGGCCUCAUGGAAACAAUAAUUUCCAGAAUCAAUAUUAUGGGACUUGUGAAUUACAUCAUUAUAAAUUCGGACUGCAUAAGCUGUCUUCCAUUUAA